CCAAACACGGCCUGUAGCCGUCUUUUCCUUUUUGCCGUGAAUUAGGAACGCUUGUUGUAUGGACCGUCCCCGCGCGUCUCAUGUCCUUUUGUCGGUUGUGUUGAGUUCCUCUAUGUUUCGUUGUAGAAACCGUACACGAUUUCAACCUUAGGCCACGUUCGCCUGUCCCGGGGCAACCUCAGUGGGCCGGGAGCACAAACACCAGCGCAGUUUCAGAAGAAGCAAGUAAAACGUUGGCUGAUCCUCCUCUUGUCGUUGGAGCCGUUCACUUACACUGCUGUCAUACGUGAUAUAUCAAGCAACUCCCACCCUUGUGCAUUGCUUCGGAGAGAUUCCCAAGUGAACCUAUAUAGAUUUCUUCGCCCAAGGGACAAGGAGUUCGGCGACUAACUUGUGGUUCUGUCGGUGUAUCACGCAGACACUCGGACUCGCUCAUACAGCGUCACACACUCGCGGUAUUUUGUAGCGGGAGCAAUAUCUAAUGGAAAUGAACGCGUUGAUGAAACAUAAUGCAUCCCCAGGUGAAAGUUCUUGUCGGGAUUAUACUCCCAGAGGCCGAGCGGAAAGUUGGUUUGACAUCUCACGGCACGCAGGAGCGUGCCAAUCACGACGCUAGCUCCGCCCAACCAGCUUCACGGCAGUCGCAUGCUGCAGCUACUCGUCCAGCCGUUCCUGACGGUGCUGCCAAGAGUGAUAUUGACGUGGCAGCGUUGAUGGAGCGCAUGGCUUCCAUGCGCAUUCGUACGGAAGCAAGGCACGAAGAGCUUAAAGCCGGCCUGGAAGCUUCUCAUGCUAAACAGGUCGAGCUUGAAGCUGGUCUGGAAGCUUCUCAUGCGAAACAUGUCGAACUUGAAUCUGGUCUAGAAGCUGCGAAAGAAGAGAACGCCAGGCUUAAGGACGGUUUGGAAGAGGCAAAUGCAAAAAACGCCAAGCUGGAGUCUCAGAUGAAAAUCGUGAACAAAAUGGUGGCGAAAACUGGGCCGGACUCGGAUAGCUUGGUGCCCAGCGGGGGGGGGCUGGCUUUGAAGCAGCGGCAAGCUGUCGUCACCGAGACGGUGGAUGACUUUCUCGAGAGGGCUCAAGAGAGAGCACCGGCGGCGGGCAAUGAUGUGGUGACCCUGGGGCAGCUGGCAGAGGCGGUGGAACCCCUGAAGGAAGUGCAUAGCAAGUACGAUGAGCUGCAUCGCGAGCAUGAUGCCAAGCUGGGCCGUUUUCAGAGGGCAGUUGACAGGAUCACCCGCAAAUUGGCGGCUGUGAGUAAUGACCUGGUGCCCCAGGACGAGCUGAGAGAGAUGUUGGCACUCCACGACGAGCUGCUUCGCGAACGUAGUGCUGACAACAGAUAGCUUCAGAGGAUGAGCGCCGACA